UACCUCUGCCUCCUGAGUGCUGGGAUUAAAGGCAUGCGCCAUACCUGGCUCCUCCAGGCCUCAAUUUCUAAAUUGCCCCUCAAGUCCCCUUUAUAGUCCUCCUCCCAGGACCUGGAGUGCUUGAGGUUAGAGCUGGAGAGGCCCACACAGUUAUCUUCUCAGGACCCCUUCUACUUUUGGAAUGCAAAGUCAUUCAGGGCCUGAACCUCAAAUCCCCCAGAUCUUUUUGCUACACAGAUGUCAAUACUGAUAGCUGUGGCCUUGGGGACUGGAAACUUUCUAAUCUUCACUUUCCUCACUUGAGGCUCCCAGGGGGUAUUCACCAGAGUCACAGCUAGUGGUGUCACCUGGACUGUGACCUAAUGUCCCCUGGCUGCCCACUGUCUGCUUAGCACUACCAGGACACAGUUCCUGGCACCUCGUAAGCAGCUAGCCAGGAGCAGAUAUUAGAAACUCUGAGGAGCACAGAAGCAAGCAUAUGCAGCAUGAAGGGAAUAAGUUCAGGCUGAUCCUGGAGUAACGGGGAGGGUGGUGCUGGCCUGGAACAAGAGGCCAGGUCCACUUUCAGGAGCAGAAAUGAGAGAGGGGCCAGCGGCCAGAAUGGAAGCCAUAGGCUAGCCGGGGUGUGUUUUGUGAGGGCGUUGUCUGGGAGUAAGUGGUCUCCAGAUAGGGAAGAGUUAAGUCCUCCUUGGCUUCCAGCCACCCUCCCCUUCUGAACUUUCUCCUCUCCAGUCCUGGAGGCAGUACCGAGAGCCACCAGUGUCCUGCAGUGUCCCCAUGGCCUGCCUGAGCCCCUCACAACUCCAGAAGUUCCGGGAGGAUGGAUACCUGGUUCUGGAAGGAUUUUUGUCUGCAGAUGAGUGUGUGGCCAUGCAACAGAGGAUCAGCGAGAUUGUGGCCAAAAUGGACGUCCCUCUCCAUUGCCGCACGGAGUUUUGCACCCAGGAGGACGAGCAGCUUCGAGCCCAGGGCAGCACAGACUAUUUCUUGAGCAGUGGUGACAAAAUCCGGUUCUUCUUUGAGAAAGGCGUUUUCGACAAGAAAGGACAUUUCUUGGUCCCCCCAGAGAAAUCCAUCAACAAAAUUGGCCAUGCCCUGCAUGCCCUUGAUCCUGUCUUCCGAAGCAUCACGCACUCUCCCAAGGUGCAGGCCUUGGUCAGAAGUCUGGGUCUACAGAUGCCAGUGGUGGUACAGAGCAUGUACAUUUUUAAGCAACCUCACUUUGGCGGAGAAGUCUCUCCUCACCAGGAUGCCACUUUCCUGUACACGGAGCCCCUGGGCCGGGUGCUGGGCAUGUGGAUUGCUCUGGAGGAUGCCUCGCUGGAAAACGGCUGCCUCUGGUUCAUCCCUGGCUCCCAUACCAGUGGAGUGACAAGAAGGAUGAUCCGGGCCCCUGCUGACUCGGGCCCUGGCACCAGCUUCCUUGGAUCCGAGCCAGUCCGGGAUAACAGUCUCUUUGUGCCCACACCAGUGCAGAGAGGGGCCCUGGUCCUGAUCCAUGGAGAAGUGGUGCACAAGAGUGACCAGAACCUCUCAGACCACACGCGCCAGGCUUACACUUUCCACCUUAUGGAGGCCGCUGGUACCGUCUGGAGCCCACAGAACUGGCUUCAGCCCACAGCUGAGCUGCCCUUCCCUCCACUGUACACCUAAAGGCCCUUGCAGGCCCCUGGGGCCUGAAACUAUGACUUCAAAGCUAGGAGCCUUCAGCUGCAGCCACAAAUCUUUAUCUCCUCUCCUGAGCUUCCCUUCUGUCUCUGGCCUUCAGCUUGGCAACAGGCAGAAGUGACAGGGUAAUAGCCAGGCUGGGUGGAGAUCUCCCAAGAUCUUUGUGUCUCUGCCACCCUACUGCCCUAAUGUAGCCUCCUCCUUUCAUGGUCUCUCGGCCAGAAAGGAUUCCAGCUGUCACUAGUGGAGCUGAUUAUCACUGAGCAAGACACUGAAUAAAAAUAACUUUUGAACACA